AUGUUAUUUUUCUCAUUCUUCCUGUUUUUGAGUGUCGAUAAGUCAGCGUUUUCUUUUUUCUUUUCAUAUAUUAUAUUUUUUCUCCCCACCCAAAAAGAAAACAUUUACGACGACAACUUUUUUCGUACUGAAAAAAAAAAUUUCUUUCUUUUUUUCUUUCAUAUUUUCUUUCUUUUCUAUUUUCAUUCUUUUUCUUUCUUUCCUUCAUAUUUUCUUUCUUUCAUAUUUUCUUUCUUUCCUAUUUUCUUUCUUUUUUCUUUCUUUCCUUCAUAUUUUAUUUCAUAUUUUCUUUCUUUCUUUCUUUCUUUUUUUCUUUCUUUCGUUCGUUCAUAUUUUAUUACAUAUUUUCUUUCUUUCUUUCUUUCUUUCUUUCUUUCUUUCUUUCUUUCUUUCUUUCUUUCCAGUUCUGUCCAUUUUCCUUUUCCUAGUCGUCACUUUUUUUCUUUGUCGUGA